AUGCGGCCACUUACAGAAGCAGAGACGCAAACCGUCUUUAAGAAGCUUGCCGACUACACAGGUGCUUCGCUCAAGAAUUUGAUUGCUCCGUUAGACGACUCUCCCGACGCCGACCGGCAUGUGUUUCGGCUAUCUCAAGGUCGUGUGUAUUAUGUUUUGCUGUCGUUAGCCAACUUGGCGACGUCUGUAGCGAGAGACAAGCUACUGUCCCUAGGGACCUGCUUAGGCAAAUUCACCAAGUCGGGCAAGUUCCGGCUCCAUAUCACCGCAUUGCCAGUUUUGGCUGCCCAUGCACGAUACAAGAUUUGGGUCCGACCCAAUGGCGUCAUGCCAUUUCUGUAUGGGGGAAACAUUCUCAAGGCUCAUGUCGGCCGUUACUCGGAAGACUGCCCAGAGCACCAGGGUAUAGUGGUUUGCACUAUGGACGACAUUCCGAUUGGGUUUGGCGUCACAGCACGCAGCACUUCUGAGGCGCGGCGACUGGACCCCACAGCGAUUGUCUGUUUUCGCCAGGCGGAUUGUGGUGAAUAUCUUCGAGACGAGGACUCACUCUUUGCGUCUGGAUGA